AUCCCACGUUCCCUUUUCUUCCAGGAUGAAGGGAGGAGAUGUAGUGGACAGAUCAGCAGGGUGACUCCUGUCUCGGACCCCUCGCUCCAGAGCUGCUGAUGGCCCCAAAGAGAAAGGAAUCCAGAAAAGCCAGCCAGAUGCCUAUGCCCAUAGCCACCAGGUGGAUACUGUUAUUGCUGUGGGGCUUUCCUACUACCCUGGCCUGCCCCCCACCCUGUGACUGCCGGGCCCUGGAAACCUUCGGCCUGCUGGUGAACUGUAGCAACAGGGGGCUGAGCACAGUGCCCACCCUGCCCAAUAUCACCCGGCACCUCUACCUGCAGAACAAUAACCUGAGCUCCAUCCCUGCUGGCACCUUUGACUACAUGAGCUACAUCUCCAGCAUUGACGUGACCAGAAACCCCUGGCACUGUGACUGCGAAAUCUUAUACCUUAAGCUCUGGCUGGAGGACCAUGCCUGGGACAUCCUGAGCCGGACCAGGUGUGCCAGUCCAGCCAUCGCCGCCACCCGGUCCUUCAACCAGCUGACCGGCAAUGAGCUGGAGGGCUGCAGACAGCUGUUUCUCCAUGACCACUACCACAUUUUCUUCUGGGGGGACCUGGCUCUGAUUGUGCUAACAGUCCUGAGCAUCAUUCUCCUGAGUGCCCUCCUGUGGAUGGCCCAGAAGACUAUCUACUGUGUUUCCCUCAACCAGCACACCCUAGAGCCUUCUCAAUGGCAGGAGAGCAGCAUAAGACAUCAAAAAUCCAAGUAACAGCUCUUGCAACCCUGUACUUGGGACUUCACCAGCCAUCUUGCUUCAAGGCACCUCGCCGGCUGUCUCCACAUCAACUCU